AGUUUUAAAAAAAAAGUCGACUUCUUUUCAACAUCAAUAAAAUUUUAACCACUAAUAAAAGUUACAUUCAUGAUCCUUGAAAGAAUAUGUAAUGUCGUUAGUGCCGAAUACAAAAAUCCGAAAAUCGGUCCCAUUAUGAUUUAUGAGACUUCACAAUUCCUGAAUUCACACUUCACAUUGAAAGUGAUCCACAGUUAAAAAUCAAUCAGCGAUGGGCAAAGGGCCCUAUCUUCUGACUCAACACGUUUUUGAAUUGAUAACCAAACCACUAGUUAGGGCAGAGUCAGAAGAAAUAAUAAUAAGAAAUUACUAGUGCGGAUAAAUUGUUGCAGAGUGCUGAAGUAGGUAAUGGGAAUGUUGCGUGCGUGAUUUUUGCAGCCAAGAAAUAUUCAUGGCCAAGUGUGUUCAAUCUAUGGUUCUCGUUUUCUUCCUUUUCCCGUGGUUAACAUCAUCAGCUGUUCCAAUUCUAAGGCGAGGAUCGUCUUUGUCCGUAGAGAAUCGAGAUGACGUUUUGAUCUCGCCGAGUGGCAUAUUCUCCGCAGGUUUUUACCCCGUUGGUCAAAACGCUUAUUGCUUCGCCAUCUGGUUCACCAAGCCUUGCCAGGACGGUAGCCACACUAUAGUUUGGAUGGCAAACCGAGAUACACCUGUUAAUGGAAGGCGCUCAAAGCUCUCCAUACUCAAAACUAGUAAUAUUAUCUUAACUGAUGCAGGUCAAUUCAUAAUCUGGACGAGCAACAACACGGUUACAGACUCUUGGUCACAGUUAAAGCUCCUUGAUUCAGGUAAUCUUGUUCUCCAAACUCGGAAUAAUCUUACUCUUUGGCAAAGCUUUGAUUCACCAACAGAUACACUUCUUCCUAAACAACCACUCACUCGAUACACAAGCCUUGUAUCAUCACGAAGCCAAAAUGACUACUCUUCAGGUAACUUCAAGCUGAUGUAUGACUAUGAUAAUGUUCUUCGUCUUGUUUUGGAUGGUCCUGAGACAUCCAGCAUCUACUGGCCUGAUUCAACCCUCUUGGACUACCAACAAGGAAGAACUAGAUACAAUGAUAGCAGACUUGCCGCGUUCGACCCUUCAGGUUAUUUUAUAUCUUCUGACAAAGUGGAGUUUAGAUCAACUGAUUUUGGUAAAGGACCUUGGAGAAGAUUAACGCUUGAUUUUGAUGGUAACCUUAGAUUAUACACUCUUGAAGAGCAAAAAGGGAUUUGGUCUGUCACAUGGCAAGCUAUGUCUAAAUCUUGCAGAAUUCAUGGAAUCUGUGGACCAAAUAGUAUAUGUAGCUACGAUCCAGGUUGGGGCCCAAAGUGCUCUUGCCCACCAGGGUUCAAGAUGAAAAACCAAGAAGACUGGAACGAUGGAUGCGAACCAGAAUUUGAACUUCCAUGCGGCAAUCAUGAUUUCAACUUUGUCAAACUCCGUCAUGUUAAUUUUUUUGGCUACCAUUACGAUAUCCUCCGUAAUUACACCUUAGAGAACUGUGCCAAGGCUUGCUUGAAUUUGUGUUGCGUAGCCUUUCAAUACAGAUAUUUCCCAGAGGAUGGUGCCUAUCGCUGUUAUCCAAAAUGGGAAUUGCGUAAUGGUCAUCGUUACUCUAGUUACAAUGGAACCUUGUACUUGAAACUCCCAAAAUCUUUCGCCGACAACAAAACUGUUGAAGAAUUCAAAUUAAAUUGCUCGAGCAAGCAGACAAAACAGCUAGAAAGAGCUUAUCUGAAGAAAACUGGAUAUGGAUCAUUAAAGAUUCUGAUUUGGUGCGCUUCUAUAAUUGGAUUCCUUGAGAUGAUCUGCAUCUUUCUGGUGUUCAGUUUCUUGCACAAAACAGGGAAAAGCUCUGAUGCAACGACACGAGGCUACCUUCUUGCUGCAACUGGAUUCAAAUUCACCUAUGAUGAGUUGAAAAAGGCAACACGGGGUUUCAGUGAAGAGAUUGGACGAGGAGGAGGUGGAGUGGUUUACAAGGGAAUUUUGUCUGAUCAACGAAUUGCAGCAAUUAAGCGACUUAAUAUUGAAGCUAAUCAAGGGGAGGAGGAAUUUCUUGCAGAAGUAAGCACAAUAGGUAGGCUUAACCACAUGAACUUGAUUGAGAUGUGGGGAUACUGCGCAGAGGGGAAGCAUAGGCUUUUGGUGUAUGAGUACAUGGAAAAGGGAUCAUUAGCAAAGAACCUCUCGUCUAAUUCACUUGAUUGGAAGAAGAGGUUCGAUAUUGCAGUGGGCACAGCCAAGGGUCUGGCUUAUUUGCAUGAAGAAUGCUUAGAAUGGGUUCUGCACUGUGAUGUCAAGCCUAAGAACAUACUGUUGGAUUCUAGCUAUCAUCCUAAAGUAGCAGAUUUUGGUCUAUCCAAACUGCUCAAUAGGGACAGUCUUAAAGGUUCAAGCUUUUCCAAGAUUAGAGGAACAAGAGGUUACAUGGCGCCUGAGUGGGUUUACAAUCUGCCCAUCACCUCCAAAGUGGACGUCUAUAGCUAUGGGAUUGUCAUCUUGGAAAUGAUAACAGGGAGGAACCCGACUAUAGGUGUCCCUGCUGUUGAAACUAGUGGAGAAGUAUGGCACCAGAAGUUAGAAGCUUGGGUCAAAGGGAAGAAAAUUGGAGCUGCUGCAACAACGUCUUGGGUUGAAGAGCUAAUAGACCCUGCCAUGGGCUAUGAUUAUGACAGAAAUAAAUUGGAAAAUCUGCUGGAGGUGGCUAUAAAGUGUACAGAAGCAGACAGACAUGCAAGACCAUCCAUGAGCCAGGUAGUUCAAAUGCUUCUGGGGGACAAAAUUGAUCCUCAACAAUUCAAUAAUAAGACUGCAGGAGACCCUAACUGAUACGUCCCAGCAUCUUUUAAAUAAUCUGUAAACAAAUGACUCCGUUUUAGUGUCUAUUGGUUAUUAUUCAAUUGUGCGGUAGAAUUUCGUGGAUUUAGGACCCCUACUAAGGCUUUGGAUUCGUGUUUGUAAAUUGGAAAGACAGUAGAAGUAUAGAAUUAGCUAAUUUGCUUAGUCAUGGCAAUGUUUUACAGAACAUUGGGUGGGUUUGAGUGGUAAUUUCUUUUGCAACAAUUUAUCCUUAUCUGUCCCUUGAAUCCCAUUUUAAUGCUGAGAACGCUUAAGCCUUAAUAUGAACACAAUUGGGACGUUGCCGGUGAACAAAUUCUCUUUCGUGAGAAUUGAACGUAUGAAUUUCGUAUAGGCAGGCUGGUCUUACCAUUAAUGGCUUUUGAAUACCAACUUUUGGGGACACUACUGAUUAUGACCGUUUGGCUUACAUGGAUAAACACCAUAGAACAGUAAAGCACUUUGUCAUUCGAAUAUAAGUAGUAGCUAAAUUAAUACUAAAAACAGACAUAAUACUACUUCAGAAAAGUAAAUGGCGGUCAUCUUAGUUCACAGCAGAAAAAUGAGUGCUCUUACAAAUGCCAUAGCAUCUGCAGCAGAUAAAGCAAGGAUGUCAACAACAGAAUAUAGAUUAGAAUGACAGGCAGCUCAAGGACUCUUGAUCAAAUGUACCCGCUUAUAGCCUGUAAGAAUCGCUAGGCAUAUCUAAUAGUAGCAGCGAAGCAUCACAUCCCUUAGAAGGGAAAGUAAAGGUCAUAUUCAAGAAAUAAAGUACAAGGAAGCGAACAGAACCAAAGGAUGCAA